AUGGAUAGAACGGAGCUGAACGCAACACGUUAGUGAAUGAGAGCGCACGGAAGAUCCGCGCCGUUCGAGGACGCAAGCUUUAAAUCGUGGGGAUGUUUUCCAUCAUGAUACAUAUCCAGCGUGCGACCUCGUUUAAAGACGCGACGACGCGUUUCCAGUAGGAGUUUGCGUGCGUUUUGAGGAAGACUUUUGAAUUGCGCGGAGAACCGAGCAGCGGGCGAGAGCGCAGAGCGCAGCGGGAGGAGAGUGCGCACACGCGGGGCUCUGCCCUGCCAAACAUGGCUGAUCGUCGGGAGCGGGGCGCUGCAGGGAUUUCCAGAAAGACGCUCGAUGCUCCCCACUGAAGAACCAGAAGAUGAUGGUGAUGAGACAAUAAUGACCUAUCCGCUCUCGGUUCGGAACAUGGCUGUGAUCAUCCCCUACACCAGUGAUGUACCCUGUGACCCCAGGGGCCAGAGGAUGUGGUGGGCUUUCCUCGCCUCCUCCAUGGUCACUUUCUUCGGGGGUCUGUUCAUCAUCCUGCUGUGGAGGACCCUCAAGUACCUGUGGACGGUGUGCUGCCACUGCAAGGGUAAAAAGAAGGUGGUGCUUGUCUUCGCUCUGAGCAUCGGAGCGCUUGUGAUUUACUUCAUCGACUCCUCUAAACCCAUCGAAUCCUGUCAGCAUUUCGACAAGGACUACACAUUGCAGAUCGACAUGGCCUUCAACGUGUUCUUCCUCUUGUACUUUGGACUGCGUUUCAUCGCAGCCAAUGAUAAGCUGUGGUUCUGGCUGGAGGUGAAUUCAGGGAUUUCUUCCUUCACCGUCCCGCCUGUGUUUGUGUCCGUUUAUCUGAACAGGAGCUGGCUGGGAUUGAGGUUCUUAAGAGCCUUGAGGCUGAUCCAGUUUUCUGAAAUAUUACAGUUUUUAAAUAUCUUAAAAACAAGCAACUCCAUCAAGUUGGUGAAUUUGUGCUCAAUCUUUAUAAGCACAUGGCUGACGGCAGCGGGCUUCAUACAUUUGGUGGAAAACUCAGGGGAUCCUUGGGAAAACUUCCAAAAUUCCCAACCGCUUUCCUACUGGGAGUGUGUGUACUUACUCAUGGUAACCAUGUCCACAGUGGGUUAUGGAGAUGUUUGUGCUAAAACAACCCUUGGACGCCUUUUCAUGGUCUUCUUCAUUCUCGGAGGAUUGAGCUGGAAAACGAACCCUUCAUUUGGCUUCAAUCCCAUCCAAACGUUCCCAGCUUCUGCUCGUCAUGAUGGAAAUAUCUUCAUGUGUUUUUGCUUGUACUGCAUUGCGUGUUUUGGUUCUUCAGCUGUGAUGUUAUCUGAUGAAUACUCACCAGUUGCGUUUCUCAGGCAUAUAGUCGUCUGCGGUCACAUCACGCUGGAGAGCGUCUCCAACUUCCUCAAAGACUUCCUACACAAGGACAGGGAUGAUGUCAAUGUAGAAAUAGUUUUUCUCCAUAAUAUUUCCCCUAAUCUUGAGCUGGAAGCCUUAUUCAAGAGACACUUCACACAGGUGGAGUUUUACCAGGGAUCCGUCCUCAACCCUCACGAUCUUGCUCGAGUCAAGAUUGAGUCGGCCGAUGCCUGUCUGAUCUUAGCCAAUAAAUAUUGUGCAGAUCCUGACGCUGAAGAUGCAUCCAAUAUCAUGAGGGUGAUAUCCAUUAAAAACUACCAUCCAAAGAUCCGAAUCAUUACACAGAUGCUGCAGUACCACAAUAAGGCUCAUCUUCUCAACAUCCCGAGCUGGAACUGGAAGGAGGGCGAUGACGCCAUCUGCCUCGCCGAGCUGAAGCUGGGCUUCAUCGCUCAGAGCUGCCUGGCACAGGGUCUGUCCACCAUGCUGGCUAACCUCUUCUCCAUGAGGUCCUACAUCAAGAUUGAAGAAGACACAUGGCAGAAGUAUUAUUUAGAGGGAGUAGCCAAUGAAAUGUACACGGAGUAUCUGUCCAGUGCCUUCGUGGGUUUGUCUUUCCCCACCAUUUGUGAACUGUGCUAUGUGAAGCUGAAACUCCUGCUGAUCGCGAUCGAGUAUAAAUCAGACCAGAGAGAAAGCAGGUCAAAGAAACGUCACGUCACGCUGAUUAACCCGGGCAAUCAUGUGAAGAUGCAGGAGGGAACACUGGGCUUCUUCAUCGCCAGUGAUGCCAAAGAGGUGAAGAGGGCACUUUUCUACUGUAAAGCUUGUCACGAUGACAUUACAGACCCAAAACGGAUCAAGAAGUGCGGAUGCAAACGGAUGGAGGAGGAGCAGCAGUCGGCUUUGUCGCCCAAGAAAAAACAGCGUAACGGAGGGAUGAGAACGUCGCCCACAUGCUCGCCCAAAAUAAUAAGGCACGACCCGUUGUUGGUCCCUGGACACGAUCAAAUGGAAACAAUGGAUGAGAACAUAAAGAAAUAUGAUUCGACAGGAAUGUUCCACUGGUGUCCAUCAAAAGACAUAGAGAAGGUCAUGCUGACUCGCAGCGAGGCGGCGAUGACGGUUUUGAGCGGUCACGUGGUGGUUUGUAUAUUCGGCGAUGUGAAGUCGGCUCUGAUCGGUCUGCGUAACCUGGUGAUGCCUCUGAGAGCCAGUAACUUCCACUAUCACGAGCUGAAGCCCAUCGUGUUCGUGGGCUCUCUGGAGUAUCUCAAGAGAGAGUGGGAGACGCUACACAACUUCCCCAAAGUCUCCAUCUUACCCGGGACUCCACUGAGUCGGGCCGAUCUGAGAGCCGUCAACAUCAACUUGUGUGACAUGUGCGUCAUCCUUUCGGCCAAUCAGAACAACAUCGACGACGCCUCUCUGCAGGAUAAGGAGUGUAUUCUGGCCUCUCUCAACAUCAAGUCCAUGCAGUUUGAUGACAGUAUUGGACUCCUGCAGGCCAACUCUCAAGGUUUCACUCCUCCUGGCAUGGAUCGCUCAUCUCCGGAGAACAGUCCCGUACACGGAUUGGUGCGACAGGCGUCCAUAACCACUGGAGCAAACAUUCACAUCAUCACAGAGCUCGUGAACGACUCAAACGUCCAGUUUCUGGACCAGGAUGAUGACGACGAUCCCGACACGGAGCUGUACCUCACGCAGCCGUUCGCCUGUGGGACAGCGUUCGCUGUCAGCGUGCUGGAUUCAUUAAUGAGUGCCACGUACUUCAAUGAUAACAUUCUGACUCUGAUCCGGACGCUGGUGACCGGCGGAGCCACGCCGGAGCUGGAGGGUCUGCUGGCGGAGGAGAACGCGCUGCGUGGAGGAUACAGCACACCGCAAACACUGGCCAACAGAGACCGCUGCCGCGUCGCACAGCUGGCGCUUUACGACGGGCCCUUCGCUGAUCUGGGGGAUGGAGGCUGUUAUGGUGAUUUAUUCUGUAAAGCAUUGAAGACGUACAACAUGUUGUGUUUUGGAAUCUACCGAUUAAGAGACGCACAUCUGGGAGCACCCAGCCAGUGCACCAAACGAUACGUGAUCACGAAUCCUCCGUACGACUUCGAGCUGGUGCCUACAGAUCUGAUCUUCUGCCUGAUGCAAUUUGACCACAACGCCGGCCAGACGCGCACUAACCUGUCCACUCACUCCACCUACUGCCCCAGCAAGAAGAGCCAAUCCGCCCACUCCGUCCCCUCAUCUGCCCGGCCGGGCCGCAGCCGGAGCCGCGACCUGCGCGACAAACAGAAGUACGUUCCUCUGUAAGCGUCAGUGCGGACUCUUAUCACAAACACGAAUCCCGGACUGUAUGUUUUUACACGUAUCAAAUGUUUACUUCGCACAUCAUCUUUCGCAUACUAGAAGUUGCAUCUGUAUAAAGCACCGGCCAGCGUUAAUGAAUAAUGAAUCAGUUUGACCAUUUUGCACUUUAACUGCACUUUAAUCCUACAGUUUGAUAACAGCGACUUGACAAACGCUCGUGUGCUUCUACAUCCUGGUAUUCCUCGUAUAACACGGCUGCUGUCUCAUGUUACCCACAUACAGUGGCUCCAAACGUCUGACGGCUUGCAUUUUUAGUUCAUAAAAAAUUACAUUCAAUUAUUCAGUCAGUACAGUUAAAUUUAAGUAUUUAAAUGUAA